CCAAACUUAGAAUCUUGAGGCCCGCCGGGCUCCGGCGCCGGGGAGAGGGAGCUCGGGCCGCCAUGCGGGACAGGACCCACGAGCUGAGGCAGGGGGAUGACAGCUCGGACGAUGAAGACAAGGAGAGAGUCGCGCUGGUGGUACACCCGGGCACUGCACGGCUGGGGAGCCCGGACGAUGAAUUCUUCCAGAAGGUUCGGACAAUUCGGCAAACUAUUGUGAAACUGGAGAAUAAAGUCCGAGAGUUGGAGAAGCAGCAGGUCACCAUUCUGGCCACGCCCCUUCCCGAGGAGAGCAUGAAGCAGGACCUGCAGAACCUGCGCGACGAGAUCAAACAGCUGGGGAGGGACAUCCGCGCGCAGCUGAAGGCCAUAGAGCCCCAGAAGGAGGAAGCUGAUGAGAACUAUAACUCGGUCAACACAAGAAUGAGAAAAACCCAGCACGGCGUCCUGUCCCAGCAAUUCGUGGAGCUCAUCAACAAGUGCAACUCAAUGCAGUCCGAAUACCGGGAGAAGAACGUGGAGCGGAUUCGGAGGCAGCUGAAGAUCACAAAUGCUGGAAUGGUGUCUGACGAGGAGCUGGAGCAGAUGCUGGACAGCGGGCAGAGCGAGGUGUUUGUGUCCAAUAUACUGAAGGACACACAGGUGACUCGACAGGCCCUAAAUGAGAUCUCGGCCCGGCACAGUGAGAUCCAGCAGCUUGAGCGCAGUAUCCGUGAACUUCAUGAGAUUUUCACUUUUCUGGCUACUGAAGUGGAGAUGCAGGGGGAGACGAUCAACAGAAUUGAGAAGAACAUUCUGAGCUCAGCAGACUAUGUGGAACGCGGGCAGGAACAUGUCAAGAUGGCCCUGGAGAACCAGAAGAAGGCGCGGAAGAAGAAAGUCUUUAUUGCCAUCUGUUUGUCCGUCACUGUCCUCAUUCUGGUGGUCAUCAUUAGCGUCUCCACGUUGGUUUGAUAGCGCUGCAUAUUCUCGGUGAGAUACUGUGGGCCUGCCCCCUGGCCUGCCCCAUCCCUGACCCCAGCCUUUCCUCCUCCCCUCAGACCCUCUUCUGCCCUCCUUCCCUUGCAGGCACUAAGAGCACCAGGGACCCCGGGUCUACCUUCUCUCCCAGCAGCUGGGGGUGGGCAGGACAGAGCCUCCAGCCAGACCCCUUCCUCACACUGGCCUUGUGCAGAGGGGCAGACGGUCCUUCUGGGGUCGGCAGCCCCUCAUCCAUGGGGGCCUCCCUCCUCAAGCCACAGUGCCUGGGGGCGGACCUGCACUGUCCUGUCUGGCUGGGACAUGUGGUUUUGUAAGAAAUUAAAAAAAAAAAAAAAAAA